UGCUUUCUGCAUUGCCUAGAGUCAAAUUCUCAGAUGAUCUUUUCAUCAAACUGAAUAUUUAUCUUUCUUUCCUCCAUUCCUUCUGCACCCCUCUUCCCGGGCUUUCAGCUUUCCCCUGUGUGGUGGAGGGAGACUGUGUCUGGCUUCUGGUUCCUCUGCAAGCAACAGUGUGUUCACCAUCUCCCCACGAGACAGACAAAGAGAGGAAGAGACGGAGAGGGAAAAGAGGGGGAGUAACAGGCGUAUGUAAAGAGAAAAUGGGGAGAGUGUGAAAGGAAUUGAUAGAAUGACAGGAAGCCAGUGACAGAGAGAGAGAGAGUAAGAGAGAGAUCGAGGGGGAUAGUGUGUGAGAGAAAGAAAGAGAGAGCGAGAAAGAGAGAGAGACAGAUGGCUGUAAACCCAGGGGUGUCAGUGUUGCCAUACAGACAAAGGUAGCUCCGUAGUGCAUUUGCUCUCUCUCUCUCAUUCACACACACACACACUUACACACACAGGCAUUACAACUGCGUAGGUGUCAGACGGAAGAGGAAUGACACUGGCUUGCACACAGAGUAGCCUCAUGUUCAUAUCUUAACGGAAUCAGUUGUACCACACACACACACACACACUCAAUCAAUCGCACACACAGACCCUGUGUGCGGCCGUAAACAUGGGGCUCGUCAUGGGGACCUUUUCCAUGCAAUCCAACAAGCAGGAUCGGACCUAUCGGAAAGAUAAAAUUGAUGAUGAUUUUGAGCUGAGCGUUGUGUGUCAUCGGCCAGAAGGGCUGGAUAAACUGGAGGCUCAGAGCAACUUCAGCAAGAGAGAGCUACAAGUCCUUUACCGUGGCUUCAAAAACGAGUGCCCUAGUGGGGUGGUGAACGAGGACACCUUCAAACAGAUAUACGCCCAGUUCUUUCCCCAUGGAGAUGCCAGUUCCUACGCACACUACCUGUUCGACGCCUUUGACUCAGCACACAGCGGAUCCAUCAAGUUUGAGGACUUUGUCAUGGCUCUGUCCAUCUUACUGAGGGGAUCAGUGAGGGAGAAGUUGACGUGGACUUUCAACCUGUAUGACAUAAACAGAGAUGGCUACAUCAGCAAGGAGGAGAUGACAGACAUAGUCAGAGCGAUAUAUGACAUGAUGGGGAAGUACACAUACCCUGCCCUGAAGACGGACACUCCCAAACAACAUGUGGAUGCUUUCUUCCAGAAGAUGGACAAGAACAGAGAUGGAGUAGUCACUCUGGAUGAGUUCAUUCUGUCUUGCCAGGAGGAUGAAAACAUCAUGAGGUCCCUGCAGCUUUUCGAAAACGUCAUAUAGAUGAAACAGACAAAAGAGACACAGUGGGAAAAUGAAAGAGGGAUAGGAAAGACCUUUGAACUGUGAGAAGAAAGAGCAGCCCACCAUUUAAUGGCAAAGAGGGAACACGCAUAAACUUUGCUGUCGGCAUGGUUAUGAGAGGUACUCAACACUGGCCGCCCAGCAACAGCUAUAUGCAUCUGCCGUGUGGCACAGUGUCUCACCAUCACGUUACAUUGGCAGUGACCAAUCAACAGGCUGGGUUAUGACCCCUCCCACUGACCUCUGACCCCUUGUACCUGUUUUUGAUCUUCCUGUGACCCUGUAAUCUUUCACCCUUGGUCCGAACUCUCUCAGUCUUGUUCUGUUGAUGUUGUCGUCGUUGUUAUGGUUACUGUUCUCUCAGAGAGUGUAUAUAACACCUGUUAAUUGACAUACUGACAUUAUAGAGACAUACACACACACAUUAAGACAUACACACAUACCUACACUGUGUCAGGCCGGGAUUCAAUCCGAGGCGCGCUGUAGAGCGAUCUCUUUGAACGUCGGGGAAGUUGCCCUUAAAAGUCGCAUUGUCGGCAGUCAGUGCGCUGCUCUAUAACACUCCUUGGAUUGAAUACUGGCCUCAAUUUCACCACAAAUACAGUUUACAAAUACAAAUUGAGGACAUUUCCUGUACAUUUUCAUUUGUAGAAGUCAUGUGAUCUGUAUUUGACCGCAACAUAUUAAGAAAUAUACAUUUAAAACAAGUCAGUCCUAACCCCGCUAUAUACAGCACUCCUACUGUAUGUGUGUUAGUGUUAGUCAAUGUUUUUCGUGUUGUGGUGCCUUGUGUCAUUGGGUUUUUGGCUUCUAUCUUUCUGUCUGCACUGAGCUCCGUUGAUCUGUCUCUUUGUCUGUCAACCUGGCCAGAUGAUAUUCCAACCCAGAGAGCCUGGAUUGAAUGUUCUGUGGCCUAUGGCAAUUUUGAAGUAGUGCUGAGCGAAUAACCGAAAUGUUGGUUUAUUUUCAGUUUGUAAAUAACUAAUUGAUUGACAUUGGUUCCAUUAUUUGAAUUCCAUUUAGUUGUGCACCAUUUGUGCCAUUUCUCUAGAGAGAUUUCUCUCUGGGACAUGUUGUCCAACUCAUCAGAGUUAAGCGCCAAAAACGUGGUAGUGAACUACAUUGACCAGAAUCCAUUGCCUACAGCUAGCUGCCUCCUGUUCUCAUUGGUUCUUUGCCGGGCAAGCCUGUGUGGCCGACAGGCAGACACAGGGGAAGAGUGAUAGAGAGAUAGGAGAGAAUGUAUCUAAUUGAUUGAUGUAUCUAAUUGAUAGUUGUUAGUAGCCUAGUGGUUAGAGCGUUGGACUAGUAACCGAAAGGUUGCAAGCUCAAAUCCCCGAGCUGACAAGGUACAAAUCUGUCGUUCUGCCCCUGAACAAGGCAGUUAACCCACUGUUCCUAGGCCGUCAUUGAAAAUUAGAAUUUGUUCUUCUUAACUGACUUGCCUAGUUAAAUAAAGGUAAAAUACAAAAAUACAAAAAUAAAAUAAAUUUAGCAGUGUUAAAAGUAUGCUUGAUCUACUUUAAAGAACUACUUAAAAUGGGAUUUCAUUGGACAGCAGGCAGCUAGCCAGCUAGCCAGCUAUGUAAGUCUGCUAUCCUGAAGGAUGACUCUGGGAGAACAGAGAUAGAUGGCUGGCUGGCUGCUACAGCCUGAUCAGAGAUGAAAUGAUGACCUGGAAUAAACUAUUAAGUCAUCAAAUGAAAUUUAAAAAAUAUACACAACAACUGAAAUAUUUUAUUAAAGUAAUGUGAAUAAGUGAUAAGUUUGUUAAUAAGUGAUAUGCAGUAAUUGCAUAUCUUAGUAUCACCAUACUAAAAACAAAUAUGUAAUAUACACAACCAACAUAUUGAAUUUACUGUAAGUAAAGUAAUGUGAAAGAAUUAUGUUUUAGAGUCUAAUAACUGAUAGUAAUAGGCUGUCACUCACUACCAUCAAUUGUUUUAUUCAUUGUUGUUACAGCAUUGAACACAUAAUGCAUUUAUUGUAAAAUAGAAAAAAAAUAUAUGAAAACCGUGAUUAUUAUUUUUUUUAAAUGUAUUUUUCAAAAACCAAACCAAAACUGAACCGACCUCAAAAAGCGCUAAUCGCCCAGCACUAUUUUGAAGUGUGUUCUUAUGCUUGUUUUGUGCCAAUAUGGGUGUGUGCAUGGUAUCCUGUGGGACAUUACAACUGUACAGUAACAACUCUCAAGACAAUACCCAACAUCAGAGAGAGAGAGAGAGAGAGAGAGAGAGAAUUAUACCUUGUCACUGAGAAUACAGGAAUGAAAGCCAUGACAUGGGUGAUGAUGACAAUAACCUAAUCAAUGUGAAGACUUACUGACAACAGAACACAGAAUCCCUUAUUUCACAGUCCCCUAUUACCUUACCUUCACCUAUACUUUUAUACAAUAUCAAGAUUCAUGAUCAGCAAAGCGCAGAAAGGUGAGACUAACAGACAGAGAAUGACAGACAGAAAAAAAUUGAAUCACAUCGGUGUAUAUUGAAAUGUUGUACAAAAUGAUAUUUAACAAUAAACUUUUCAGAGAAAGUA